AUGGCAGCCCCCCAACCAGUAACUCCUCAGCAAGUCAGCCCCGAAGCUUUCCCUUCAAUACAGCAGCAACAAAAUCAUGGCCUUCCGGUCAAAACCGAAACUGUUGGUGUAACAGAGCUACAGUCAUACCUUUCAGCAAACGAAAGCCCUGGGGAGGCUGAAGGAUCUCCGACUGGCUCCUGGCUCCGGCGUAAUCGCCAGAAAGCCAUCAUAUUCGGCGUUGUGUUCCUCGCCAUCGUCAUUAUCAUUGUCAUUGGUGUUGCCGCUGGAGUCUCUACUCAACAUUCGUCGCCGUCUGGGAGCAGUACCUCCACGAGCAAUAACGGCAGCGGCACAGGCAACAGCCACGGGACUACCACAACCACCACUACCGCGGCCGCGCACACCACCACCUCAUCAAGCUCAAAAUGUCAUCCGGGAGGGAUGCAGUGUAAUUCAAGCGGGGACUGCAGCAUCAUUUCGGAGUUCAGCCAGUGUAAACGGGCUUGCAACGGGUUUUACUAUUGCACCUGA